AUGAGUAUUCAAGUUUGUAGGGAUACCUCAGACGCUGUGGCGUUAUAUUUGCCACAACGUUUGUAUUUAAAGCCAUUUGCCAAAAUAAAUGUUUCUGUCCAGCUUCCCACUCACAAGGUACACGGCAAGUCAAUUUCCAAUUGGGAGCUUAUGGAAAAGUUACGAAAAAUGAUCCAACCUGAUAGUUUUUCAAUGUUAAAAGUGUCCAAGCACAGUUCUGAAGUGAUCCGGUUUGAUGGGGAGUUAGAGAAUCGUUUAAAAUUGGAGCGUGUAAUUGCAAGACUCGAAGACAGGAUAAUUCAGCUUAAUGAUUUUCCUGAACCAUUAAAAGUUAGAGUUUGUGAGGCAAAGUCUGAAUUUCCUAGUCGCCAUGCUUGGGAUUCUUUUUUUCGAGACGCAACUGAUAUGGAUGAAAUGAAGCCUGGAGAAAGACCUGAUACUAUUCAUAUUGCAAAUUUACCAAUACGUUGGUUUGUUCAUGAUCGUGAUAGGAAUGAAGAUUCACCACCUUCAGAGAAAUUGUUUAAAAAAGUAUUUGAAAAAUAUGGAGAUAUUAGGCAAGUGGAUGUGCCAGCAGCUGACCCUUUUCGUCUACAAAUGAAGGAAUCAAUGCGUGGAAUAUUAACACCACCGCAGGAUAGUGCUCUUUAUUUUGAGGGAUAUAUUCAAUACAGUGAAUAUGUAAGUUUUGUGAGAUGCAUGGAUGCACUAAGAGGAAAAAAGCUAUUAAGAAAGAAUGAAGAUUUAGCUGAUUGGUGCAAUAUUUUAGUUGACUUUGAUAAAACUAAACACAUGACUGAUGCCGCUGUAAAACGCAGGGCUAUUGUUAGAGAAAGGCUCUCAUCCAGGCAAAGGGUUAAGGAUGACGAGGAAAGACAGGAAAAGGAGCGAAAAGCAAUAAUUGAAGCAAAAGAAAGACAACAAAUAGAGAGAAAUGAAAAGGACAAACUGGAAAAGACAAGAGAGCGGGAAGAAAGACGGAAAAAAAAGCAAUUAGCCAAACUCAUGGAACGGGAAGAUGUGGAUCUUAAUAAAAAAGUGUCAGAAGAGCAAAAGAAACUGCUUAGAGUUCAGAAGAAGUUGCAGGCUAUAAGGCUUAUUGAGGAAUUGUUCAAAAGGAUAGAGUUACGCCCUGAACUUCAACGUAACGGCUCUCGAGAUGGGCGUUACUACCAUGCCAGUGAAAGAGCUGCCCGAUCAAGAAUCGUCGACAAGUUCAAAAGACAACAAGAGAAAAUUUUAGAUGAACAGCAAGACCUACUUCGACAUGCUAGAGAUGGACGUAUUUUAAUUCGUUCGGCGCUAGAAACCAAGAAACCGAGGCGUGAAUCAGCCAGUUCCUUAUCGUCAGAGGAUCUAAACCAUAAACGGGUCAAGACAGAAAAAUUGACUUCUCCAGAGAGGGAUGAGUACAAAGCAGUUCCAGGAAUGUACCCGAAUCCGUACGGUUACGGAUAUCCGUUUGUGCCUGCGCCCGGAUACCCCUUCCCGCAAACGUCGAUGUAUUACCCGGUCCGCGGUGCGUAUUAUCCUCCUCCGGACGGCUACGCGCCGCGUCGGGGGUACCGAGGCCGCGGGCGAGGGAGGGGCCGAGCGAGGUUGCCGCACUUCGAAGGACCGCACGCGACGCAGCAGUACUAUGAAUAUUUCAAAAAACUAAGCGAAGCGGAGAGUCGCAACGAACACGACGACCGCGCACGUUCACGGUCACGCCGGCGAUCCUACUCGCGGUCACGGUCACGAUCGCGGUCACGUAGACGCUCAUACUCCCGGUCACGUUCGCGAAGUCGGCGCUCACGCAGUCGCAGAUCUAGAAGCAGGAGUAGACGAUCACGAUCAAGAAGUCGGCGAUCUAGGUCUCAUCGCAGUCGAACACCAUCAAGAUCCAGGCGAUCCAGGUCUCAUUCGCGACGGAGAUCUAAAACUAGGUCAAAGACCAAACAUCGAACACCAACCCCCAAAAAAGACCGGACUCCUGAACGAAAUCUAGUCUCCCCUAGGCGAUCUAAAAGUUGGUCUAUGCCUAAAGAAGGCGAAAAUUGA